UGUGGACAAAAUUCCAUAAUGCGUGGCCACUUACAGUUGGUAGUGGUCUUUAGUUUCGUCUACGUUGCAGCAUCAGUGGUCCCUUUGUACCGUUACUUCAGCUCUUCCCAUGAGGAUAACGUGCUGAUAGCGACGCAAGCGACACUGCAUCAGCUACAGAGUAGCAACUACUCGUUCGUCUCUUCCUGUUCAGAUGCUUCAUCAAACACAACUCAUUCUACUUACACGAUUCCACUAUACACAUACUACAAUCACAAGUACAGAGAUUAUGCUAAUGUUGCAAUGCCAUCAUCUAUUGAUCUACUUCAAAGAGCUGAGUACAAGUUUGUUCGCAUUGAGGGCUAUGUCUACUACGAUGGCUCUAUUCUUAUUGAUGGAACCGUUGCCACAGCUCUUAAUCUCUAUUGGAGUGAGGAGAAGCACGAUUACUUUCUUACUGGGUGUGCUGAAGAUGUAGAGAAUGCAACUAAGUUGGGCUAUCAAUAUCUGGGUGUGGAAGGAUAUUCACCUGUGGAAUAUACCGAGUGGAAUAGUCAAGCUCCUGAUGGUUGUCCGUUUCAGCAGUCACCUGUGCUUAGUAACAUUUCAUUUAGUCCUCGGUAUGGAGCAUAUGGUGGGGCUGACACAUGGUAUCCUAGCUGGGCAAGCGACGAUAAUUUGUAUUCCUCGUGGACAGAUGGGACUGUGAAUGACAUUCAAGGAGGCAAUGGUCAACACACUACUGGGUUUGCUGUAGCUAUUGGAAGUGAUCCACUCAGUCUCACUAUUGCCAAUGUUGGAACAUUUCAAAGCUUUCCAGCUCCAUACAAGGGUCGUUAUCCAUCAGCUAAUUUUGUCCAUCAAGGAGUUUGGUAUUAUGGAACUUAUGCUUUGGAUAAUCCUACAAUUCCUCCUAAUCCACCACCAAACUGUGGCAAUUGGUGUGUCCAGGGUCCUUUUAUUGAUUUUCGGUAUUCGACUGUUGUUAGUCCAAAGACACCUCCUCAGUGGUACGAGCCUCGAGUAGACAUGUCUUCAGCUACUGACAACCUUUUCCAAGAGAGCAGCAUGAAUAACCAGAAAGUGAAGUUUGGAGCACCGCAUGUUGUUGAUUUUGGAAAAGAAUUAGAAUAUUCUCCUGACAAGAAAGUUUAUAUAAUUGCACACGGAGCAACUCGCAGUGCAGCUCAUCAGUCAUGGAUGCAGGGAGAUGAAAUCUAUUUAGCUCGUGGUGUUCCAAGUCCUGCCACUAUCAAUAAUCUUUCUAUGUGGGAAUUUUAUGCCGGCAAAGAUGAUACUGGAUAUGACAUUUGGAUGCAUGAUUUGUCAGCAGCGAAGCCAAUCUUUACAUGGGAAAAUAAAACAGGAGUUGUCACACUAACAUAUCUUCCUGCUCUACGUCGCUUCAUUAUGUGUGUGUCUACACCAACGUUUCCUCCAUACACAGUCAAGCAGUUUGACACUUACCUCCUGGAAUCAGUCAAUAUUACUGGUCCCUACAAUAUCAUCACAUAUAUGAGAGAGUUCGGACCAGAAGCAUAUUUUGUGCACAUCCCCAGCAAGUUUGCAGAUAGUUCUCCAGUUGUGGUUAAUGGUACAACGUAUUACCGCUUCUAUUUGUCAUAUUCUGCAAACUUUGCUAUGCACAAUGUCACAGCUAAUCCUCCUGGAUCUGGAUAUCAUUGGACAUUACAGGAAACACGACUGAUGUUUAAAAACACAACUGUGGGUUAGAGCAGCAGGUUUGUAAAAACUUUAUUUGCAUGCAUGACUGUUUUGUGCUGUGUGAAGAUCACAAUGUUUUUGGUGUUAAGAACUUUGAUUAUGUCAAUGUGUCAUUAUGGCAGGUUGUAAUCGUAUUGUAACCAUAUCAAAAUUGAACAUUACAGAGCAAUGCGCAGUAAUAUUGACUGUGGUGUUGAGCCUUGACAAAGAUUGUGUGUGGUGUGUUGGGUGUGGGUCAGUGAAAGUGAUGCACUUUGAGUCUGAGACUGUAUAAUAAAGUUCUGUAUCUCUUUUCCCAAUUGUAAUAAAUCAUUAUCUUAGAGUGUGAACAGUCUUGUUCUUACUCUUAACACACG